AUGAGAGCUUGUUAUCUCCAAUUUCUGCUUCUACUUGGAGUACUCUUAUCAUGCAAUGCAACAAAACUUGGAUUUAGUUUCGAUUUGCGUGAUUCUAAAGUCAGAUGCGUAGAAGAAGAGCGGCAAGCACUGCUCCAAUUCAAACAACACCUUGUUGAUCAUUAUCAUUGGCUGUCGUCUUGGUCUAGUGAUGAAGAUUGUUGCAAGUGGGAAGGAAUUAAAUGCAGCAACAAAACAGGUCAUGUUGUCAUGCUUGAUCUCCAAUCAGAUUAUUGGCAUUAUCGUGAACCUGCAACAACAUAUCUAGAAGGUGAGAUAAGCUCUUCAUUACUUGGAUUGCAAUAUUUGACUUACUUGGACUUAAGUUACAAUAGCUUUUCUGGGAAACCCUUCCCAAAUUUUCUUGGCUCACUCACUAGAUUACAAUAUCUCAAUCUUUCAAGCACCAAUAUAGCCGGAGCCAUUCCACAACAAUUUGGAAAUCUCUCGAGAUUGAUUUCUCUUGAUCUCAGCUGGAAUUAUGAUCUGACGGAGGCACAUAAUCUUGAUUGGUUAAUUCAUCUUUCAUCUUUGACAUAUUUGGAUAUGAGUUCGGUCAACCUCAGCCGAGUAGUCAAUUGGCCCAACAAAGUUAUGAUGCUCCAUUCUUUGACACACUUGAGUCUAAGAGAUUGCAGUCUCUCCACAUUAACGACUCCUCAGUUGCUUUCCAUCAAUGCUAGUACCUCAUCACAACUUCUAUUUCUAGAUCUCUCCAUCAAUUAUGAUCUGAUGGAGGUACAUAGUCUUGAUUGGUUAAUUCAUCUUUCAUCUUUAACACAUUUGGAUAUGGGUUGGGUCAACCUCAGCCAGAAUUUUCAAAUAAGCAAUAAUAGAUUCACGGGGCCAUUGCCUGAGAGUAUUGGAAACUUAUCCAAUCUUAAGACCUUGGCAGUUUAUAACAGUUCCCUCACUGGGGUGAUCCAUGAAGCCCAUUUUUCAAAUCUCAUCAAAUUGAAAGAGUUAUAUCUGGGGUUAAAUUCUUUGAUUUUGAGAUUCGGCGACGAUUGGGUUCCACCAUUCCAACUGGAUUUUAUUUCUUUGAGCUCUUGCAGAUUGGGAUCAGCUUUCCCAAAGUGGCUUCAAAGUCAAAAGAAUUAUUAUUGGCUUGAUAUUUCUGAUGCUGGAAUUUUUGACAUUAUCCCAGCUUGGUUUUGGGACUUUUCUUUCAGGUUAUCUUAUUUAUAUAUGUCUAACAAUCAGUUACAUGGAAACUUGUCAGACUUCUCAUCUGCUAGAUUUAAUGAGUUUGCUUUUAUAGAUUUAAGCACCAACCAUUUUGACGGUUCAAUACCACAUUUUUUAUCGAAUGUGUCAUCACUAGACCUAUCGAAUAAUAGGUUUUCUGGGCCCAUUUCCUUCCUAUGUGAACACAUUACUCCAACGCUAUUGGAGUCUUUAAACCUCUCAAACAAUACAUUGUCUGGAGAGCUUCCAGAUUGUUGGACGUACAUUCGUGACUUGAUUGUUCUCAACUUGGCCAACAACAAUUUUUAUGGAAAAAUACCAGACUCAAUGGGCUCCCUAGUCUCGGUUCAAUUUUUGCAUUUAAGCAACAAUGGACUUGUGGGAAAGAUUCCAACGUCCCUUAAAAAAUGUAGCGAGUUAAUAACCAUUGACUUGGGAGCAAAUAACUUGUCCGGAACAAUACCUCCAUGGAUUGGUGAUAGUUUGCCAAAUUUGGUUAUUCUUAACCUACGAUCUAAUCAGCUUUAUGGAACUUUUCCUUUAAGCCUAUGUCAUCUAUCAUACAUUCAAAUCUUGGACAUUUCUUUGAACAAGAUCGAGGGAACUAUUCCAGAAUGUAUCUCCAAUCUGACUGCAAUGUCUCGUACAAUGGAUACGAUGUCAAGUGCCAUUUAUGCAUAUAAUGGAAGUAGGUCUUAUGAAGACUAUGCAUUCUUGGUAUGGAAAGGAAGAGUGUUUGUGUUCAAAAAUACCUUGGGACUUGUGAAGAUGAUUGAUCUUUCAAAUAACAAAUUACAUGGAGAGAUUCCAGAAGGAAUUACUAACCUUACAGAAUUAAUCGCCUUGAAUUUAUCGAGAAAUAAUUUAUCUGGAUUAAUCACUCCAAAGAUUGGUUUGUUGAGAAAUGUGGAGUCUCUUGAUUUAUCUAGAAACCAAUUUUAUGGUGAAAUCCCAAUGAGCAUUUCCAAUUUAAGUUUUCUUAAUCAGUUGGACUUGUCCGCCAAUGACUUAUCAGGCAAAAUCCCAACAGGAACUCAAAUACAAAGCCUAGAUGCUUCUGCAUUUUUGGGAAAUCCUAAACUAUGUGGCUCUCCACUUCCAAACAAGUGUAUAGAUGAUCUUCAUCCAAGUUUCAUUAACACUCGGGGCGACAAGAAUCAUAACGUUAAGGAAAAUGAUAAUGAUGGAUUUAUAACUAAAGGAUUUUAUGUUGCUGCAACUCUUGGAUUCAUUGGAGGAUUUUGGGGGGUGUCUGUCUAUAACCAUGAUUUUCCUCCACCAUAA